AUGGCAUGGUUCUCCGGUCCCGGUCGCUCCUCCUCUCCGCGCCGCUCGUCCGCCUACUCGCAACGUCCUUCCAAUGACAGCAAAGGCUACUACUACAGGACCUCCUCUUCACAUUCUAGCCGCGCGCGACCCCGUGGAGGCUACGUCAAUCGCAUCCUUUCCCAAAUAAAGCGCUACCUCCGUCACCUGUACGAUUACGCGCGCGAUCAUCCGGUCAAGCUGAUAAUGCUUUUGCUACCAUUGUUGACGGGCGGGGCAUUGGCGGGGGUGCUGGCGAAGUUUGGUAUCAGGUUACCGGCCGGUUUGGCAAGUAUGGUGCCGGGAGGUGCUGGAGGCAAACAAGGAUUUGGAGGAAGAAGUGAUGUAGGCGGUGGGGCCGGUGUACAGGGUUUGAUGAAGAUGGCGCAGAUGUUUGUGUGA